AUGUGCAAACACAUCUUGAAUGCCCAGGUCUCCAUCCGUGCGCCAUGUUGCAAGCGAUGGUUUGACUGCCCCGAGUGCCAUGCCGAGUCUGAGUCACACCCGCUCGCGCGGACCAUGGAUAUGGUGUUCAUAUGCAAGAAGUGUAAAAAGGCAUUCAGGAAGGACAUGACUGUGUACGAGGAGAGCGACGAGUACUGCCCUCAUUGCGACAAUCAUUAUGUGCGUGCUUGUUCUGCCUACCCAGUUCCUCUAAAAUUUGCACUGGGGUUCGCGCGGAGGCGGGCUUGUGAUCGAUCCUUCAGUAUCUCAACUUGGCAACACUCUCAGCGGAUCAAGUUAAUAAUCUUCCGUGCUCUGCAGGUUAUCAACGCGAAAUCUCCCCAGGCCAUGAUUGGUGUCGAAGGAGAAGAUGCUCGGAUAGACGCACGACUGCUGAAGGACGACCGUGUUAAGGGCCAGUCAUCUAAAUCGCUCUUUGUACAGGACGACUCGGCGGAUCGACUCGGAUAG